AUGCAUCAGCAUCCUCGUGCCCCCCCGGCCUCGGCCUCCCCUGCCUUAUCCGACCAGACCAAUCCGACAAGAACCAACAAUCCUAGAGAUCGAGACCUCAACGCCCUACGUACAAAUUCUCCGCUGACUCAGGGUUCCGGCUCCUCAGAAGACUUCCAGCCUCGAGAGCAGCACACUGAUCCUGCUGCCCAGAUGCAGAGGCUCAAUCAAGUCAUUCAGAACUUCCACACCAAAGCCGCCUUGAUCAUCCUCCACUCCAGAGUCGACCUUGCCCCUGCCUACGCGAAGAAUUCGGACACCAAGCGUGUGAACCGGUGGUUCAACAUCGAGCUAGAAGAGACGGAUGACUAUCGAGAAGACAUCAGACGGUGGAAGACAUGCGAUGUGAAGGACGACAGGCCUCCACCGCUCAACAUCGAGGUGUUCCUGACCACCGACACCCUACCGCAGGGACAGCGGCUGGUCAUUCUCGAUGAAGAUGGAAAACGAUGGGAUGUCAUGAAUGCCCUUGAGUCCUCCGAUUCCCGAUACGGCAAGCGACGUGAUACCGAAUCCACCGAAAUCCUUCUCGAGCGGUGGACAAUUGAGCUCGGUGACCAAACUGCCCCUCUGCCCCCAGACAUGGCCACAGUCCUACCACUGGUCUACAAGAAAAGCAUCGUCCUCUUCCGAGCGCUGUUCACAUACUGCAAUUUCUUGCCUGCAUGGAAGCUGUCACGCAGGCUAGGAAGAAGUCGGUCCACCAUGGCUAUGAAGAUUGGCUACAGAUUCGUCAGCGGUCAGUCUACGAGCAGUCUGACGCGCUCCGAUAACCUCAAUCUGCCUCUGACCGACGGCUCCAAUGACGUGGUCAGCGAUUAUUCGUUUGGGACCGCCGAAUCCCCUGCCGGGCCCUUCUCCGUUCGAGUCACAUAUCGCCAGAAUUGUGACUUCCGGAUAGAUGACUCAGAGGAGUUACUGAGUUCCAGAUUCCUUGGCACCGAUGAUGACCUUUUCCGGCCCUCCAUGCCAAGUGAUCAGGAGAAAAAGGACAGGAGUAGAACAGAUAUGGGUUCACUGCCUAAUGACCGGCGAUCGGAUUUGUUCCAACGUCCUGAGCUAGGCCACGCCUAUGGUAGCUUAUCGACUUUCCACCAGGCUGGUAUCGGAACCGGCACUAGCCCUUUAUCCGCUCUGAGGAGUGCCAAGGACUACAGUACGGCAUCUCCUCCUACGCCUGACCAGGCGAGACCUGCGCCACAGCCUCAGCCAUCCACCAGCAGCAGCAGCUCCCGGAACUCACUACGUGCACAGGCCGCGGGUCGGAGGAGCUCCUUCAGUUUUCAACCCUUCAAGCAGCCGACCCUGUCUGCAUCACCCUUGGGCGCAUCUCCACUGGGAACGUCUCCCCGUCUUGCAUCCGGCCAUGUACCAACCUUGAGCUCACUGACUGAGGAAGCCGCAAGACCAGCGCCCAACGCCCAUUCGGUAGCGGCAAGGAAGCCCUCAUCGCUAUCAGAACAUGCCGUAACUUCAUCUACCUCUAGCUCGCCAAAGCCUACACCAACUACCAGAUACAGCAGCAGCUUCUCGCAUCGGCGGGCUCGGUUAUCGUCAGGUGGUACGACAAUGACCAAGACAGAUGAAGAUCAGAACAGUAGCGGUCGAGCGAGCGCUGCUUCAUCUGCUCAGCCUGGCUCAGGCUUGCUCACGGAAGCGGUCGCGGCUGGUGGUAGUUCAGACUCGAUGCAAGAAGAUGAUGAGAGCAUUCAAGAUUUCUUGAAACUGCUCGAUACGAAGAAAGAUCUGCUGAACCCUGAAGAUGCAGCAGCUGCCGAAACAUCUACCCGACGAACUGCGGCGGCACUUAAUCGAUUCCAUCGCAUGCGCGACUCCAAUACCGCUCUAUCGGACUCGCUGUCAUCGUCGAUGAUGUUACAUCGCUCAUCAAGCUCUUCGAGCAGACAGUUAUCUAGUGUACCUCCUAUGGUAGCAGCCACAUCCGCGUCGACCUCUUCCUCCCCGGGUAAACCGAUCUCGCCGCACACACCUCAUACGCCGUUUGCACCAUCACGACUUAGCGCUGCAUACAGUCACGAUGACGAUCCGCACGGGAUCGCUAUAGAGGAAGAGCCACCUUCACCCUCCGAAGCCGCCACGAGCGACACAGCUCAGGCUAGAUCGAACACCAACGUUAAUGCCAUCGACAUUCCACACUCCCCCAGACCAUUCCUUGACAAUUACCGGCGAUCCAGUUCUGCUCAGCGGCGGCCACUCAGCGAUGAAAUUCGUGAUGCGUAUGGCAUGCGCAGUGCUAGUAUGGGUGCGCAGGAUCGGCGAGCCGCCACUAGAACAGAGACACCUCUGCGAGCUACAAUCACCCAGGAGCCAGAAGAGUCACCCGAAUUGACGGAAAGGCGACCACAGACAGCCGCUCCGGCACUGGCGGCUGACGGUGCUUCGGAGUCAGGCUCGGGUUCGCACUCUGCCAUUCCUUAUCAUCCAAGACGCGCUCGCGGUUCAGGGCGGGGCGCGACACCUCCCCAUGGAUCCACCUCCAGCUUUGGCGGAACCGGCAGCGCUGACAAGAGUGCGGGCGACAGCGGUAGUGCGAGUGGGAGCUGGAGAGGGCACGGACGCAUGCGUCCGGGCAGUCGGCCAGAUAACACGCUCACCAUGGACGAGGAUGAGACGGAGUUGUUCCCAUUCGCAAUGGAACGGAGCGACUUUCAGAGCAGCGGUGGAAAGGAGACCUGA